AUGGGACUUGCCAUUAAUAUUCACCAAAGAAAUAACAAAGGAAAGGGCAAAGAGAAAGAGAACUAUGAAUCUUGGACUAUGGACGAUGCCAAUGAAUUGUUGCACCUCUUGGUGGAUGCUAGCAAUACUGGAUUGCAUGAUGCUAAUGGGUCACUUAGCAAGCAAAAUGUAGAAAGAGUGAUAUUUCCUCGUCUUAAUGCGAAAAUUAGGUUCCCAAAAACUUAUAAUCAUUACUUGAGCCGAAUGAAGUGGUUUAAGAAGCAAUAUAACAAGAUGUCUACGCUUAUGCUUAACAACUCUGGCUUUGGGUGGGACCCAAUUGCAAAGACGUUAACUGCUAGUGAUAAAGUAUGGAAAGAUUACUUGAAGUCCCACCCAAGUCACAGUAAACUUCGAGAAAAAAGUGUAGUUGAUUAUGAGGAUUUGAAGAUUGUUGUUGGGGGUGGAACUGCUACUGGGAAUAGCUCCAUUGCAUGGACGCUGAUGAUACCGAUGCAACAACUUAUGGGGAAGAAAAUAGAGAUUUCGGGAUAG